ACUCCUUGAAAUCUCAGGAAUGUAAUGUCAAACUGCUGGGAAGAAAAGAUAAGUAGGUAGAAUUUGCUACAGGCACAUGUAUUCAGAGGCAAACCAAGCACGGAUUGACCAGCUAACAAGGUUCUUUCUUUGUCUAGUGAUAGAUAAAUAUAGAUACGGUAGCCUUGUGCUUUGUGGGAAAAUCACUUCAUUUUACGACCAGGCUACAAGAAUUUGUUAAAGCAGUUCUUUUUCGCCGGAAAUAGCAAUUUGACGUUGGAAGAUGGAGAACCCAGAGAGGCAGAACCGGGUGCCUUUGUCGGAGGUGGUCUCUGAUUGUGUCAGGCGCUGGUUUCAAGACACACUUAAGGAGGCCAAGGCCGGCGACAGUGGCAUGCAGGUCUUGGUGGGUCAGAUGUAUUACAGUGGUUAUGGAGUUCCUAGAGAUGCGCAGAAGGGAAGAGCUUGGAUUACAAGAGCUUCAAGAAGUCGAUCUUCUGUUUGGAAGGUUAGCGAUAAACAUCCAGGUUAUAAUGCGAGUGAUUCAGAUUCAGAUGAGGAGGUGAAAGCUGCUGAUGCCAAAUAGAUUAUAUGGGCUUUGAAAAUUAAAACAAAAAUGAAAAAUUUGCAGGGUCAUGACAUGGCCACACCAGACCAGACAAUCCUGUUCCAUCAUUUCUUUCGAUUCCCCCCUCCCCUUUUUUUCCAGACAUUGCCCAUGGAAAAAGAUGUAACUAUACCUUAUUGGAAUUUAUGCUUUAGUUAAUUUAAGGGAAUUUUUAUCCUUGUUCUA